UAUGUUUUUCGGCAUUUGUAUUUUUCAGAUGAAUUAUUAUUGUUUAAAUUAUCUACCUACCCUUACCGAAAACCAUGUUAGAACUUUAGAAGUUUCAUCGUUGAUCGUUCAUUAAUUGAUCCGUGUAUACUUCACUGAAAGUCGAGUUUUAGUAAUUAUUUUAUGUAAAUUAAUAGUCUAACCAGCUUCAGUCUUCAUCGACAAUUAGUAUAUUCUGAACGGGUUAAAGUAAUAUACAAAUUUAAUAUAGUAGGUAAAAUUAUUUAUCAUGUUUGUGUGCAAGACUAACACCAUGAGAAUCGCAUCAAUUUUAAAGAAUCAAAGAAUAACACCAAAUCCUAUCCAGGCAACAUUUAAUUUAGCUAGAUUUAAAAGUUCCAAUCCGUUUAACACUGGUAUUUUAUUUGUGCCACAACAAGAGGCAUGGAUAGUUGAACGAAUGGGUAAAUUUUGCCGAAUUUUAGAGCCUGGUUUAAAUUUUUUGAUUCCAGUAUUAGAUCGUAUAGGUUACGUACAGAGUCUGAAAGAAUUGGCAAUCGAUAUUCCUAAGCAAAGUGCUGUCACUAUGGACAAUGUAACACUAAACAUAGACGGUGUUUUAUACCUGAGAGUCAAAGAUCCGUACUUGGCGAGUUAUGGCGUUGAAGAUCCAGAGUUUGCUAUUACACAGUUAGCUCAAACCACUAUGAGGUCAGAGUUAGGAAAAAUAUCAUUAGAUAAAGUUUUUAGGGAAAGAGAAAAUCUAAAUUACGCAAUUGUCGAAAGUCUUAACAAGGCGAGUGCGUCGUGGGGAUUGGUGUGUUUCCGAUAUGAAAUCCGUGAUAUAAAACUUCCUAACAGAGUACAAGAAGCCAUGCAAAUGCAAGUUGAGGCGGAACGAAAAAAACGUGCCGCCAUAUUAGACUCGGAAGGUAUAAGAGAAGCCGAUAUCAAUGUUGCUGAGGGAAAAAGGCAAUCUACAAUUUUGGCUUCAGAGGCUGAUCAACAGGAACAGAUCAACCGAGCUCAAGGAGAAGCGAAUGCAUUGUUAGCUGUAGCCGAAGCUAAGGCCAAAGGGAUUCGACUUGUUGCCGACGCUCUAAAACAAUCAGACGGAUACAACGCCGCGUCUUUGAAGUUAGCAGAAUCUUAUGUAGAGGCUUUUGGAAAAUUGGCCAAGUCCACAAAUACUGUUAUUAUUCCAAGUAACACUUCUGAUGUUCCAUCAAUGGUUACGCAGGCAUUAUCUAUUUACAAGUCAUUAACUAGUGAGUCAGAUAAGUCGAUGAAAUCGUGUAAAGAAGAUAAAUAAAGUAUAUUUUACAAAAUAAAAUGAAUUUAUAAUUAAUUUUUUGUUAUAUUAAAAAAAAAAAAGUUCAAUGGUUUUAAAACUUGUUUUGCAAUAUUACAAGUUGUUUUUUGUGUCAUUCUUAUAAUUAAAAUUCUUGAAACACGUUUGUAAA